AUGAAAUUUUCAACAGCUGUUCUCACUGCUAUUGCAGUUACUUUAGUUGCCGCUGCUCCAGUUGACAUCGAUACUAACGCCAAUGCCGCCGAUAAUGUCAUUGAAGCUACUACUUCUAAUGAAGAAGCUGCUAUUCCAGAAACCACUGAGAUCGCAUUAGACAAUGCAGAGCAAAUAACUGAUGAACAGAUCCCUUCAGAUCUGGGUUUAGAGUUGGGACCAGAAACUCAAAUUGAAGGCGAACUUCCACAAGAAGAUGGUGAAGAAGGAUAUUAUGUUUACAUUCCAGACACGGAAAAUUUUGCCAAUGAAGAAGAAGCCGCUCAAUAUUACCAAAAAAGAAGUGCAGACCCAGGAUGGAUGUGGACCAGAUACGGUAGAUUCUCACCAGUAAAGAGAGAUGCUAACGCUGAAGCUGAAGCUGAAGCUAAUGCUGAUCCAGGAUGGAUGUGGACCAGGUACGGUAGAUUCUCACCGGUAAAGAGAGAUGCCAACGCUGAAGCUGAAGCUGAAGCUAAUGCUGAAGCUAAUGCUGAUCCAGGAUGGAUGUGGACCAGAUACGGUAGAUUCUCACCGGUAAAGAGAGAUGCCAACGCUGAAGCUGAAGCUGAAGCUAAUGCUGAUCCAGGAUGGAUGUGGACCAGAUACGGUAGAUUCUCACCGGUAAAGAGAGAUGCUAACGCUGAAGCUGAAGCUGAAGCUAAUGCUGAUCCAGGAUGGAUGUGGACCAGGUACGGUAGAUUCUCACCGGUAAAGAGAGAUGCUAACGCUGAAGCUGACCCAGGAUGGAUGUGGACCAGAUACGGUAGAUUCUCACCAGUAAAGAGAGAUGCUAAUGCUGAAGCUGAUGCCAACGCUGAAGCUGACCCAGGAUGGAUGUGGACCAGAUACGGUAGAUUCUCACCAGUGAAGAGAGAUGCCAACGCUGAAGCUGAUCCAGGAUGGAUGUGGACCAGAUACGGUAGAUUCUCACCUGUCUAA